AAAGAGUGGCAGUAUUUUCACACUUUUAGAGUGGGAUUCCACUCUUUUAGAUAAAAUUCCACUCUAAAGAAUUUAGAGUGGAUUUGCAAUGCAGUGUCGUCCCCGAGACCGAGUCGCGCGCUGCGAGACAAUAGUUACGAUAAGGUUAAGAAACGGCAAUGAGCCUGAACAUCGAUAAUAUUUCGGUUGCAAGCCCAAAUCUUGGACAGCGGUGAUGUAAAACGAAAUACGAGACACGCGAGUGCCUCGCGAGCGAUUAAUACAGCGCGAGUAAAUAACAACAAAUAGAUGAUAGGUUACUCACCCCCCCUCCCCGGUCGCGUUGCCAGGCGCCGGCCAAACCUCUGCUGCUCCUUCUCGGAAUCCUUCGAUUCCGCGCUGCUUCUCCGUAGCUCUUACACACGAUCUCGCACACAUGCGCGCUUAUUAUCGAAACGCAACGAGUGCAGGACCAAUUGCGCAAGCCGUGAGUAAUUCCCGAUUAAACGCGAUUCGAGAGCGCUGCGUCUCCGUGGCGUUCUGUAGGCGGCGGAUGACGUCAGCGUCGGCAACUUCGCUUCGAUUUACCGCCGCGACACGACGCGAGUCAAGAUGCCGAAUCGACGCGGUUGACCUUUGCUUUCUGUAUAUCAUCAUAGAGAUAUUACGUAUAGAGUAGAGGAGCCAUAAACAGAUUUGUGAGUGGAAAUGUCCCCCCGUUAGAAAGAGAGAGAAGAUAGGACCUAUAUUCUUGUCUUUGUCGUACUAGCGCCAUUAAGAGAGAGAGAUAGACUAAAGCUCCCGUAUUCUGUCUCUUUCUAUCAAGGGGUCACUUUCGAGGCUGGCUUCUCUACUCUAUAUGUAAUACCUCUAUGAUAUGCACGCGUUAGCGCGCGCUACAGCACGCGCGAAACACCUUGCGCGUUCACACUGCACGGAAGCCGUCCGUCUCGAUUAGUCGUCUCGAUGUCAACCUCGCUUGACUCGCGCGAUAAAUCGAAGUGGCGAUAGUGAAGGUGACGUCAUCCGCUAUCGGCGCUCUUUCCCGCCAGCGGCACGCCAUGAAGACGCGACUCAGCGAAGCGCUCUCGAAUCAAAUUACGUAUGGCCUGCGCAAUUGGUUCUGUAUUCGGUAAUAAACGCGCGCGCGAGAUCGUGUGUAAGGAGAAGCUGCGUUGCGAAGGAUUCCGAGAGGAGCAGCAGAGGCUUUUGGUCGGCGUCGGGCAGUGCGACCGCGGAGAGGGGGUACGGAAGCAAGUGGAAAAUUCACGAGAGUCAUGCGUCACGGCGGCUGACCUCGGCGAUGGACUAAAAAAGGAGGGAGAUACGACGGAGAACGACAGGUAUCGAUUCCGAGAAGCUUUCGACAGCCAUCCGAUAUUCAUCCAAAUAUCACUUUCACGGGCGCACGAGUCCGAGAUCAAGAAGGACGCCGGAAUCGUGAGGCUAUUUUCGAUCUCCUAUCGAAAUCAAUGGGGGAACAAACUCGCGCGUGUUCCAGUCACAUUCGAAGAUCGUUCAUUCUGAAAGCCGAUGAGGCGUGACGGAGGCAACCGAUGGAUUCCUAGAUCCCCAUGGCCGAUGUCGAGGUUCGUUUACUGUCCUCUGUCCUCUGACCGGUUCCAGGAUCGAGAUACCGAUAACACGGAUGAUCGAUGCCGGACUACGCAGACAGAAAAUCGUCGAUGACAGUGCGACGGUGUCGAACAUCGACGUCUCAUUUACUUCGUCGAAUGCAACGGGCAACGUUUUCGAUCGCGUUCUCGUGGAUUCCUCGCAGGAUAAGGCUGUCAGAGAAGGACAUCGUGAAAAAUCUAUUUCCAAAGGCUGUUUUCGAAAAACAACGAUAAUACAGCAACAUAAAGCAAUAAUUACUCUUUUCUUGAAUAUAGAAUUGUAAAAUGUUUCUGUAAUUAAUGUUGGAUUCUGAUGAAUCUAUUUACGGGAUAUUUUUUAAUAUCGUGUAAAAUUUUUAUUUAUACUGCGGUAUAGGUAUAUAAUAUGUUCUAGUUUUGAAAAUAUGUAAAUAAUGUGCUUCUGCUUCAAAAAUAUUUAUUUUUAUUAAAAAGAUAAGUUAUAAAAUUAGAUGCAAAAUUGCCAAGAAACGUAAUACAACAGUGGUAAACUGUCUUGCUGCAGUAGCAAAAUUUUUAACAAACUUACUUGUCGCGAUAAUAAAAAUUUUUUUUUCCGUGCAUUUAGUUUCAAUGAAAAAUCACUGAUAAUAAAUUUUGAUUAAAGGGAAGCAUUUCCACUAAUUGAAAUUAGUGCGAAAUUCCUGAAAAACAGUUUAUAUACAGCCAUUGACAAAAUUAUUAGGCACCCUUGCUUUUUCUAA